GGCCAAGAUCUCUACUUCAUGGCGUAACUAGAGGCGUCGUUGUGCCUGGCAAAAGCCACACGUCUUCAGAUAAGCAUUACACGGCGCAACGGUGUUCUGGCGGUCACGUCAGAGGCCACCUCGUGACAGCGACCUUCUCCAGGGGUGUGUCACUUGAGGCUCUCCAGGUCCCUUGCUCGGCUCGCUUGCUUCCGUUGACAGCCUCCAUGGACUUCUUAGCCCAGCACCCCCAACGGCACACAUGCCGCCACUUGAAAUAGACUGCCAGACGAGCAUGAAGAUCUCGGCCAUGCAAGCUAAAUCAUUGUGAGUACAAGGUUAUGUCAAGACACAUCGCACGUGGCCGGCCGAAGCAGAUGCCCAGACACAGCACAGUUCUCCAACUCUACCGCCAGGCCAGCCUCAGGCCCUCGUAUACCAAAUGCUUACGAUCACAAGAGCGUACAUGCCCAUCCUACGCCAUGCAUAUUCCUCCUCUUUGCCGCGUCGUCAAAUUUAUCCAGGCCGGUCAGACCGAGCGAGCGGCAGGGCAGAUUCUGGCGCUCGACACCACUGAUGGCGAGUCCCAAGCACAGUGCACCUGUUGUCCUACGUGUCGGAGGCGAUAUUCCGGGCAUGCAACCAAUGGGCACAGGGAGGUCAAGCCAAGAAUACCACUAUCGCCCACUUUCGCCCCUGGGGAUUACGGCACAAUGAUGUUGAUGGCUUUUGCUGCGCGGAGAUGGUUGGGAACGUCCCAUGCCAAACUCCACCCGCUGCCAUGGCGCCUCCCCUGGUCUCAGUUGUGGGGAAGGACGCGGUACCGUACAGCGCUGAGGAGAGUGUCUGCCGUCUACGUCAUCGCCCAAGACCCCGGUGUCGUUUCACGUUGACACAACGUCUGAGCAGGGCAGUGGCUGCUGGCCCGGACCGGGUGGAGACUUGGAUCUGUUUCCUAUUGCCCAUGCCAACUAUCUGGUUGAAAGCGAACGACGAGGGUUUCGGCCAGGGGGGAUGGGGGGGGGGCUUCUCGAAUCUUGCCUUGGUCGCUUAGCAAGCUUAUCGAGGCUGUAUCAGGGAGCCCUGACAAAUUGUGUGGUUCGGAUGU